AUGAAAGAUUCUUCAUCUCCAAGUAAGAAGAGAUUCAUUACUUCGUUUCGGGUAUCUGAAGAAAAAUUUAUCAAAAUUCCCCAACCUGAUGAUGAGCGAUAUGAAUCUGGUGUUGCUAGCUGCCCAAAUAUGAAUUUAGGUAUUAUGGAAGAUUGUUUAUGCGUAUUUCCUUGUGAUGGGUUUAAUGAUAACUUAUGGAUGCUGAAGAAGUACAAUGGAAAGCUAUCUUGGGGAAUGUUUAAAAAGGAGUGUGAGAUGAACUUAGCUUUACAAUGCUUGAAAGAGCAGAAACAUUACAUUCCUAACAACAGAACUUUGUGUCGUGAUAUGCUGUUCUACAAGACUAGGGAGUAUAUUUGUGCCCCUAUCUAUAUGGAGAGUCUUGUAUCUCCCAAUGUUAAAGGGAGGCCAAAGAGAAAUACACAAGAGAGUAAUAGCAAGAAGAGUUGUAAGAGAGCCAAUUUGAGGAAUAUGGUGGUUUCUAAAGAGUGGGAAGCUUUUAAAUGGUCUUCAGACGGGAGGGGGAUAAAAGUUAAAAGCUACUUUAUGCAAGACAUGUUUUGGAGAAAUGUGCAUUAUGCUCUUAAGUUGACGGGUCCCCUAGUUACAGUUCUUAGGAUUGUUGAUGGAGAAAAAUAUCCGGCCAUGGGCUUCAUUUAUGAGGCCAUGGAUAGGGCUAAGGAGGCCAUUCGUGAUAGCUUUUCCAGACUGGAUGACUACCAGACAACUUUUGAAAUUAUAGAUCGUAGGUGGGAAUGUCAAUUACAUAGACCUUUGCAUGCGGCGGGACACUUCUUGAACCCGGGAAUCUUUUAUAAAGAUGUUAGUGGGGUAGCUUGUGAAGAAGUGGAAAAAGGUUUGUAUGAUUACAUUAUGAGGCUUGUUCCCGAGCAACAAGUUCAAGACAAGAUUUCGGAAGAGUUGGACAAAUAUCGGAAUGCACAAGGACUCUUUGGUAAUCCUAUGGCUGUUAGACAUAGGGAGACAAAAUCACCAGCUGAUUGGCGGGGAGCAUAUGGAUCUUCAACUCCUAAUCUAAAAAAAUUUGCUAUAAAGGUUCUUAGUCUCACUUGUAGUGCUACAAGUUGUGAAAGAAAUUGGAGUGUUUUUCAACAUCUUCAUACAAAGAAACGAAAUAGAUUGGCACAAGAGAGAUUGAAUGACAUGGUAUUUGUUAAAUUCAAUCGGUCCUUGGAGCGACGGGCAAAAGACAAAGAGAACGAUCACCUUAUCCUACAAGAGAUUGAUGAAAGCAACGAGUGGUUGAUGGGAAGAAUGGAAGAUGAGAGUGAUGAUGAGGCGGUAUUUGUUGGUGAAGAUUUAACUUGGAGAGAUGUAGCUCAUGACUCUGGUGCUUAUGAGCCUAGUUAUCGAACUAGAGCAUCAAGAGUACAAAAUGAUGGAACCGUAACAUCGGGCGUUAAUAAGGGAAAAACAACCGUUCAACCAUCUCAUAGACAUUUGGUAGAUGAAGAUGUGGAAGAAGAUAUCGGUGUCUAUAGUGAUGAUGGAGGAGGAGAUGGUGUCGUCCAAGUUGACGACGAAGAUAAUGAUAGUUUAGACGAUCUCUAG